CACACACACACACACACUCACAAAUACACACACGCACACACUCAUGUGCUAGUGGAACCGGACUCAGGUCAAUGAGGCAGAGCAGCUUUAUAAACGCCAGUGAAAUGCAAACAUGUGAACCGUCGCUCCGCUGCACACAAGACCGACUUCAUGACGAGGCUCCCGGUGAACUGCGUCCAGCUCUCAUGCCCCGGAGACCAGCGAGCGGUUUGGGGCGAUCACCUCUGGUUACCGGCCUGGUCUGAGGUUUGUCAAGGAGCGGUUGAGUGGCUGAUCUCAGGAACAGGAAGCCAGUGUAGGAGGCGCAACAUGGGUCUCUCCUGUUUCCUGAGUCAGCAGAAAAGUGUCCAGUUCCAGUUUCACAGCUCUCUUUGGUUUCUAGUUCUCAGCUUCCUGAGUCUUUCCUCGUGUGCUGUUGAGGAUACAACAGAUUUACGGAUGUGCAUAACUAAUCUAAGAAACACCAUUGAGAAAUCCGAUGCGAUGUUGUACUCUCCAUCCAUCGAUGACAUUGAAGAGAACUGUGAAAAUGUGUCGCUCAAAUGUUACAUGUUGGAGUUGGAAAUGGUCCUUGAUGAAGAAGAGGUUUACGACGGUAAUGCAAGUUGCAUCCUUGCGUUCAAAGAACGUCUCGAUUCCAACUCUCACACUGGCGGCUGUCCACCAUGUGAAGCCUACUCGCUUCAAAAUAUCACAAUAUUCCUGGACCGACUAAUUACCUUGUUGGAAAAAUUGACUGCACGAGGGAAUCAUUAAUAUGGUGCGAGUACUAUAAGCUGCAUUUGUGUAUUUGUAUAUAAUGUGUUUUAUAUGAGAAUUGUGUGUUUGUUUUGCAUUACUUAUGUGAAAUGUAUGUGAAAACCGUUGUGAAUGUAAAGAGCGACAGAGCUACACUGCAGGUUAUUUUGUACAGAUGAAGUUCCAUCAGUAGCAUGCAGUUGCAGAUUAUAAUGUAUAUAUACAGAAGCUCAUCGCUCAACACUACUGAAUGUAAUAAUACACAAGAUCCGCCCAAUGAACUCCAGUAUCGCAACCUUUUCCAAUAUCUGUUUACUCAAGUAAAUACUAUCCUACCUU